AUGAGGUGUUUCCUUCUACUGGCGAUGUUGGUGGUGUGUGCUUCAGCUCUUGAAGAUCUGUCAGGAAAGAUGCUCACCUUCCCAGCGGAAACAAACUCUGAUCAUGUGAAGUUGAUCACCACGAAACAGAAUUUCGGUGCUGUAACCCUCUGUCACAGAUCCAUUACAGACCUCAAAAGAGACCACUCCCUGUUCUCUUUGGCCACGCCCUCUAGUGCUAACAACUUCCUGAUUUUCUGGGAUGAAGGCAAACAGGAGGUUGCGCCCCAUAUUAGGGAUAAAAGGGUAGGGUUUGGAGGUUUCGACUACAAACCAAACACCUGGCACUCCAUCUGCAGCACAUGGGACUCUAAGUCUGGGGUGGUGCAGGUGUGGGUCGAUGGACAACCUUCCAUUCGGAGAUUUAUCAGCUCUGGAUCAAACAUCGGUGGACAACCUUCGAUUAUUUUAGGACAGGAACAAGAUUCUCACGGCAAUGAGUUUGACACUAAACAGUCUUUUGUUGGCAUGAUGUCUGAUGUCCACAUGUGGGACUACACCCUGUCCUCCUGCGAAAUCCAGAAAUACAUGAACAGCCAGAGCUUCACUCCAGGGAAUGUGCUGAACUGGAGGGCGCUGGACUACAAAAUCGUUGGCAACGUGCUCACAGAAAACAAAGACAUAAUUUGUUUUCAGAUGAGGUGUUUCCUUCUACUGGCGAUGUUGGUGGUGUGUGCUUCAGCUCUUGAAGAUCUGUCAGGAAAGAUGUUCACCUUCCCAGCGGAAACAAACUCCGAUCAUGUGAAGUUGAUCACCACGAAACAGAAUUUCGGUGCUGUAACCCUCUGUCACAGAUCCAUUACAGACCUCAAAAGAGGCCACUCCCUGUUCUCUUUGGCCACGCCCUCUAGUGCUAACAACUUCCUGAUUUUCUGGGAUGAAAGCAAACAGGAGGUUGCGCCCCAUAUUAGGAAUAAAAGGGUAGGGUUUGGAGGUUUCGACUACAAACCAAACACCUGGCACUCCAUCUGCAGCACAUGGGACUCUAAGUCUGGGGUGAUGCAGGUGUGGGUCGAUGGACAACCUUCCAUUCGGAGAUUUAUCAGCUCUGGAUCAAACAUCAGUGGAGAACCUUCGAUUAUUUUAGGACAGGAACAAGAUUCUCACGGCAAUGAGUUUGACACUAAACAGUCUUUUGUUGGCAUGAUGUCUGACGUCCACAUGUGGGACUACACCCUGUCCUCCUGCGAAAUCCAGAAAUACAUGAACAGCCAGAGCUUCACUCCAGGGAAUGUGCUGAACUGGAGGGCGUUGGACUACAAAAUCGUUGGCAACGUGCUCACAGAAAACAAAGACAUAAUUUGUGUCUAA